GCUAUCGUCACUUGCGGUUGACAGAUGACGCCGGAUUUUCCUUCACCGGCCGUCGUUUAAAGCCAGAGCCCUGAGCGUAACUCACACACACACCGACUCCAUUCGAAGUGUAGUUGUUUUCCAAAGUUUGAAUAUUUUUAUUGGGUUUGAAUUUUGGGGAUUUGUGUUUCGUCUUGUACGGGAGGACUCUUUCGGUGUUGUUGAGGUCGUCUUCCUCAAAACCCAGGACCAGAAAUUUCACUCUUUUGAAGUCUCAGGGUCAUCUCUCCUGUAUAAAUACGCGAGACGAUGAACGAUUCGUAGAAUCAUUCAAAGUUCCCGGUGAAACAUUCUAAUUUUUGUUUUUUUUUUCAUCUGGGCAAUCUCGAUUGAUCGCGAAUCAGCAAUGGAGUCGGCGAAAUCGAAGCCCAAAUACCGCAACCCGAUGAAGAAACCUGUAUCGGUCACGAUGGAGCAUGUUCUGUUGGCGUUACGAGAGACCAACGAUGAGAGGGAGAUUCGGAUUCGCAGUUUGUUCGACUUCUUCGACAAUUCGAACCUAGGGUUCUUAGACUACGCUCAGAUCGAGAAGGGUCUGGCUUCGCUUCAGAUUCCUCCCGAGUACAAGUACGCUAGGGAUUUGUUUAGAGUCUGCGACGCCAAUCGAGAUGGACGCGUGGAUUACCACGAGUUUCGUCGCUACAUUGACGCUAAGGAGCUUGAGCUUUACAGGAUUUUCCAGGCCAUUGAUGUCGCUCACAAUGGCUGCAUUUUGCCUGAGGAGCUAUGGGAGGCUCUUGUUGACGCCGGAAUUGAAAUCGAUGAUGAGGAACUCGCUCGUUUUGUGGAGCAUGUUGAUAAGGACAACAACGGAACUAUAACAUUCGAAGAGUGGAGGGAUUUUCUUUUGUUAUACCCUCACGAAGCCACCAUUGAAAACAUAUAUCACCACUGGGAAAGGGUGUGCUUGAUAGACAUCGGGGAGCAAGCUGUUAUACCAGAUGGUAUAAGCAAACAUGUCAAAAGAAGCAGAUUACUUCUCGCAGGAGGACUAGCCGGAGCUGUUUCUAGGACUGCUACCGCACCUCUAGAUCGCCUGAAAGUUGUUUUGCAAGUUCAAAGGGCACACGCAGGCGUCCUCCCAACCAUUAAGAAGAUAUGGAGAGAAGAUAAGGUGAUGGGUUUCUUCAGAGGUAAUGGUUUAAAUGUCAUGAAGGUUGCUCCUGAAAGCGCCAUUAAGUUUUGUGCUUACGAAAUGCUCAAACCCAUCAUUGGGGGAGAGGAAGGUGAUAUUGGUACAAGCGCGAGGCUUCUGGCUGGUGGAAUGGCUGGUGCAGUGGCUCAGACCGCUAUUUACCCUAUGGAUCUCGUCAAAACUCGGUUACAGACUUGUGUAAGUGAAGGUGGAAAGGCACCGAAGUUGUGGAAGCUCACAAAGGAUAUUUGGGUUCAAGAGGGACCUCGGGCGUUCUACAAGGGUCUCUUUCCUUCUCUUCUUGGGAUUAUCCCAUAUGCAGGAAUCGACCUAGCUGCUUAUGAAACGCUAAAAGACUUGUCCAGAACAUAUAUCCUUCAUGACACCGAACCGGGUCCUCUGAUACAGCUCAGCUGUGGAAUGACGUCAGGAGCUCUUGGAGCAUCAUGUGUUUACCCGUUACAGGUUGUAAGAACAAGAAUGCAAGCGGAUAGUUCAGAGACUACGAUGAAGCAAGAGUUUAUGAAAACGAUGAAAGGCGAAGGUCUGAGAGGUUUCUACAGAGGACUCCUACCCAAUCUUCUCAAAGUAGUUCCAGCCGCAAGCAUUACAUACAUAGUUUAUGAAGCUAUGAAGAAAAAUAUGGCUCUUGAUUAGCCGAUACAAAUUUUCUCGGGGUCAGUCAUUCUUUUUUGUUCCCAAGAGGCAGGGCUCUUGAUUUUUCAUUAGAAUUUGUAAAAGAGUAAAUUUUAAUGUUGGUUUAUAUAUUUUUUUUCGUAGACAUACAAACUAUACGUCUCUUCUUCUUACCGUUGAUUUAUGUUUCUCAACUAACCGGUUUUUUUAUGAUCUUUUACACUUCGAUCUCAACAUAUAUUUUUUAGUAUAC